CCAGUUCGUUGUGUAAAGUCCAGUUAUCCAAGUCGAAAAUGUACAGCAGCUGUCGCUCAGUUUCAUUAAACUUGUGGAGUGGAGAGGAAAUGUAGCUGCAGUAGUCAGUAUUAAAGAUCUCCAGUGAUGUCUAAGCUAUCAAAGGCUAAUGACAGGAAACUGAACGUCACUUUGCUGAGCAGCGAGUGGAGAUCAUCAACUGAUGGAGACCUGUCAACCAUCAACAGAGAGCUUGCCAUACAGUUAGCUAAACACUCUGAUGUCGAAGUUACUGUCUUUCUUCCUCAAUGUAGCGAAGAAGACAGGAGGAAUGCAGCAAGUCAUAAUGUUCAGCUUUUGGUUGCUGAAAGGCUGCCUGGUAUGAAUCCAGUCGACUGUCUGAUGUUUGUCCCAGAUAUACACCUCAUGGAUUUUGUAGUAGGACAUGGAGUAACUCUUGGCAGACAAGCGCAGUCCAUUACAAGAUAUCGCCACUGCAUAUGGAUCCAAGUUGUUCAUACUGCCCCAGAAGAACUUGGAAUGUACAAAAGCGUUUUACAAGGUAAACAAGUGCUAAAAACAGAAGAUGCUUUGUGUCGGAUGGCUGAUCAAGUUGUAGCAAUUGGAUCAAAGCUGGCAGACACUUACAAGCGUUACCUUCGUAGCAGUGGAAAAGAGCAAAAUGUUUUUGAUGUCACUCCAGGCAUAUUCUCUGAAUUUUUGGAUGUGGAGCAAGUCGCUGAAGAAAGAAGAACAUUCAGUGUUCUAGUCAUCGGAAGUGAUCACAACUGUGAAGAUUUCAUCUUGAAAGGUUAUGAUCUUGCAGCUCAAGCAAUUGCCGAGUUGAAAGAUAAAUCCUACCAACUCAGGCUUGUUGGUGCACCAAGAGCAAAAGAAGAUGAAAUAGCAGAUAAGAUUCUUCAGCUUGGCAUCGAUCGUAAUCAGCUGAUUGUUGGCAGUUUCAGUGGCAGCAGAAAAGUAUUAGCCAACUUAUUCCUUCAGGUUGACCUUGCCAUCAUGCCAUCCACAACCGAUGAAUUUGGACUCAUGGCUCUUGAGGCCUUAUUUGCUGGUUUACCUGUACUUGUCAGUGGUAAUUCAGGACUUGGAGAAGCACUGAAGGAGGUGCCUCUUGGAUCACAGUGUGUGAUCGACUCUGAAGACCCCAAAGACUGGGCCAAAAUGAUCAAGGAGGUACGAGAGAAAAAGAGGGAGGUGCGACUUUUAGAAUCAAGGCUUUUGCGUGAAAAGUAUCUGGAGAAGUACAGCUGGGAAGAGCCCAUUAGAAGGCUUGUAGAAAGGCUGCACAAUCUUAAACUUGCUCUGAAAGGCUCUUCUGGUAGUCACUCUUCUCUUUCGUUUACGAAAUAUCGCCUUUUUCCUUCAACCUCUUUGACGCACGUGAAACCUGUUCAACAAAGAUGUUACACUCAGGCUCUGAAAGACUCUUCUGGUAGUCACUCUUCUCCUUGGUUUGAGGAGUAUGGCCUUUCACCUACAAUCGGUUCGACUCAAGUCAAACCUGUUCAACGAAGAAGUUACACUCAGGCCUCUAAAUCACAAGAAGACCAAGAUGGCAGGAUACUGAAAGUGACUUUGCUGAGCAGCGAGUGGAGAUCAUCAACUGAUGGAGACCUGUCAACCAUCAACAGAGAGCUUGCCAUACAGUUAGCUAAACACCCUGAUGUCGAAGUUACUGUCUUUCUUCCUCAAUGUAGCGAAGAAGACAGGAGGAAUGCAGCAAGUCAUAAUGUUCAGCUUUUGGUUGCUGAAAGGCUGCCUGGUAUGAAUCCAGUCGACUGUCUGAUGUUUGUCCCAGAUAUACACCUCAUGGAUUUUGUAGUAGGACAUGGAGUAACUCUUGGCAGACAAGCGCAGUCCAUUACAAGAUAUCGCCACUGCAUAUGGAUCCAAGUUGUUCAUACUGCCCCAGAAGAACUUGGAAUGUACAAAAGCGUUUUACAAGGUAAACAAGUGCUAAAAACAGAAGAUGCUUUGUGUCGGAUGGCUGAUCAAGUUGUAGCAAUUGGAUCAAAGCUGGCAGACACUUACAAGCGUUACCUUCGUAGCAGUGGAAAAGAGCAAAAUGUUUUUGAUGUCACUCCAGGCAUAUUCUCUGAAUUUUUGGAUGUGGAGCAAGUCGCUGAAGAAAGAAGAACAUUCAGUGUUCUAGUCAUCGGAAGUGAUCACAACUGUGAAGAUUUCAUCUUGAAAGGUUAUGAUCUUGCAGCUCAAGCAAUUGCCGAGUUGAAAGAUAAAUCCUACCAACUCAGGCUUGUUGGUGCACCAAGAGCAAAAGAAGAUGAAAUAGCAGAUAAGAUUCUUCAGCUUGGCAUCGAUCGUAAUCAGCUGAUUGUUGGCAGUUUCAGUGGCAGCAGAAAAGUAUUAGCCAACUUAUUCCUUCAGGUUGACCUUGCCAUCAUGCCAUCCACAACCGAUGAAUUUGGACUCAUGGCUCUUGAGGCCUUAUUUGCUGGUUUACCUGUACUUGUCAGUGGUAAUUCAGGACUUGGAGAAGCACUGAAGGAGGUGCCUCUUGGAUCACAGUGUGUGAUCGACUCUGAAGACCCCAAAGACUGGGCCAAAAUGAUCAAGGAGGUACGAGAGAAAAAGAGGGAGGUGCGACUUUUAGAAUCAAGGCUUUUGCGUGAAAAGUAUCUGGAGAAGUACAGCUGGGAAGAGCCCAUUAGAAGGCUUGUAGAAAGGCUGCACAAUCUUAAACUUGCUCUGAAAAGCUCUUCUGGUAGUUACUCCUCGCGUUCAUUUAUGGAAUAUGGACAGACUCCUUUUCCUACAACCUCUUCGACCGGAGACAAACCCGUUCACCAAAGAGGUUACAUUCAGCCUCUGAAAGACUCUUCUGGUAGUCACUCUUCUCCUUGGUUUGAGGAGUAUGGCCUUUCACCUACAAUCGGUUCGAGUCAAGUCAAACGUGCACAAAUAAGUUACACUCAGGAGGAGGAGCUGCUUGAGGUCAAAGAAAAAACUAUGGAAGAGUUUCCGGUAGAGGGGAAAAGUUUACAAGCCAAAGACUUCAUGGCUGAAGAGAAUAUUAGACAAGACUCUGAAGCAUCGAGCGCCAUGGAAAUACCAAGUUUUGGAUCACAAGCCAAGUCCUUAACCCGGAUGAAGAGUCUGUUGUAUACAGAAUCUGAAGAGUGCAAGGUAGACCACCAAGGAACAACAUGGAAUCUUACGGACAUACAGGCUGGUGGUUGUAUAACAUUCACUCAGGAUGCUGUGUCAAUGCCCCUUUUGUUUGGGUGCAAAUUAUUGGAACCGACAGUAGACUUUCCACCUUUGAACAAGGAUGAGAGGCUGGUUAGCAGUGUAAUAGAGCUUACCUGCGAUGAACAGCCGGACAUCCACUUCACUGGACAAUCUAAGGGAGAGGUAGUGAUUGCCCUCUCUCACAGCGCCCCCAAACUUGAAGGCUAUGAAGUUGUGAUUAGAGAGUUAGUCAGUUCCGACAGCAGCUAUGAAUGGAAAGAUUUGGAGACAACAAACAUUUGGCAAAUACCAGAUUUUAAAGACGAUUUUGCAAAACUAAGGGUUCCCUAUUCUGAGGCUAAAGUUACUACUUGUGGCGUGUUUGCUGUAAUUUACCGCCUGAAAUCCUACAUAUACUCGACCCGUGUGUCAGGAAAUGAAGAAAUUACUCACAAAAUUCCUGAGUAUCCAGAAGUGAGUGUGACAAUCCCAGCAGAAAAUGUGCGGGAUAGAAGUAAUCUGGAGUUGAUUCUUAAGGUAAAGACGUACUUUUUGUAA